AUGAAAGUGAAGUCCCAUGUAUGGUAGAGGUCUUGCAGACACUUUUAAUAAAAGAAUCCCCUUCCUCGAGAAUGUGCACAAUACAAUGACAAAUACAAUUUAAUUUCAAGGGAAAUUAAUUAUGGAACAAAUGACCUUUGCUUAAACAAGUUCGAAAUUAAAAUAAACAACAAAGGCAUGCAAAAAAUGCAACAUAAUAAAAUAAAUUGUAAACUCUAAAUAAAAACACGCCGAAUAGCCCCUCCCGGAUCCCCGCUUCCUGAAAACCCCAUAUUUUGGAAUGCCGUCUCUCUCUCCGACGUUUCCCCCCGUCAUUUCACGCGAACCCAGCAGUUAUUCCCUCUUAAAGCGAAACCAUUGAAAUGAUAUUAUUACAUCGAACAUGAGGGGGGAUCAAAUCCAGGACCGCGCUUGAUGGACGACAGGUCUGGUGGGCGCCGACGGAGAGGGAAAGGGUGCCCCGGAGAUCCCUUGGCCCCCCGACUUCUCACGCCGGUUACUCUUUGCUGUCGCCUUGUUCCGUUUCUUGGUCAUGGCCUGAAGGAAGACGAAGAAGCAAAAGAAAUGGAGGGAAAUGGCCCCGAAGAAAUAUUUGGAAGGCGAAGGGGCCCAGGGUGUUGUCGUUGAGUGUGGUGGUGGUGGCCGCCAUGCUUACUUACUUCUUGGUUCCAUUCACCACGACCGAACAUUUUCCAAAUUUUUUCGGCCGCCAACCUCACAUCCCCACCAAAGAAUUCUGGGCCCGAAAAAGGACAAAAGUCGAGAACAAACGGACUCUCGAAAGCCGAUAG